AUGGUGAUCGUGAGCAAGGUGUUGCGGCAGCAUUAUGGCGCCAAGCCACUGCCUGUGAACCCGAGGAAGUUGAAUGCGCAACUCAAUGCAAUGCUUCGAGUCAUUGGUGCUCCUGGCCGCCGAUGGGAUGCGGGGCUGCUCUUGACGGACGACAAGCACAUUCAAUUCAUGAACAAAAAGUACCGACACAAAGACAAGCCGACCGAUAUCCUGUCGUUCCCGAACUACACGAUUCAAACGCCAGGCGUCCUGCCCGGCGUUCGCGGCCAAGACGCGCGGUAUUUAGGCGACAUGUUCCUCAGUCUUCCUUACAUUGAAUCAUAUUGCCUUCACAACGACACCACGUUGGACGAAAGGAUGCCCAUUUUGGUGGCGCAUGGUCUAUGUCAUCUCAUGGGCUAUGACCACGAAAACGACGACGACUUUGCCGUCAUGUCCGCCGCUGAAGACGCGCUUCUUGAGCGCUACGUCAAGCAUGUUCCGUCCAUGUAUCAGGACAAAAAGAUUACGGACAACGAUGCUGCUUAA